AUGUCUUUCAUACAACGGUCCAAAUGUCAUUUUGGAGACUGUCCAACAUCAGUCAUCACCACCUUCACUAAUCCCUGCUGCUGGUGCGGGGCGAUAUUCUGCCCUACACAUAACACCGAGGCCUUCCAUCCCUGUCGAGACAUACUGAACCUCUGCAGGACAUACGAGCAAAAAUCCGACACAGUGAUCCAGGGGAUCGUUCAGAGAGCUGCCACAGCAAUGUACGAUGCCCUUCUCACUGAGAUCAGACAAGCUCAACCUGAUAUCGUCAAAAACAUCGAGCAUCUCCGACCCGGUCACUCGUUCACCUUCUCACUACCAGAUGGCGGAACUGAGAUGUCCAGUCAAUCCGAUAUGCAUGGAGCGACCAAUUAUCAUAUCCCCAUUUCAUUUGACGAUGGCGUCAAGUGGUUGCUCCGUGUCCGACAGUCAACAAAUGGGGUUCCUCCCUAUGAUUUUCAACAGGCAGUUACAGUAAGCGAAGUGAGGACUCUUCAGAUACUCAAGGAGAAAGGGAUGCCUGUGCCUAAUGCUUGGAUGCCGUUGAUUGAGCGUACCAAAGCGUCCACAAUUCUCAAAGAACCUUCAUUGAGUUACCUCUUCUGCGAGUUCCUGUCUGGCACACCCGUUAAUCUUCCCAAAGAUGAUGCGGAUUCUAUGAUUUCACCUGGUAGCAAGACACGGCUACUUAUCAGAGAGUUUGCUAAAUCACAGAUUCUGCUUUCUUCUGCUCCCUUCGCGACCUCUCUGAUCGGUUCUUUGACGUCGGCUCCCGUAGACGGUCAAGUCGAGUCAGAUGUCGUUAAGGCAGGGCCCCUGGUAGAUUUCGGUUUUCAACACCUAGCGGACCCGCCGAAUUUUCCGGGGCCAUUUCAAACCAAUCAAGAGCGAUAUUUGUCAUUCAUAGACAUCGCCUUAUCACAUAUCGCCAAUCAAUACAUACACCAAGCGAAUACCUUGGACGCUUAUCUUUGGCAUCUCCAGCUGAGGGAGCUGAUUAGUAACUGCUCAAGAUUGAAUCAGCGUCCUUUUGAGACCUACAUACGGCAUGCAGAUGCUAAAGGGGACCAUUUGAUGCAAGAAAUAGACGGCAAGAUUACUGGAAUCAUUGAUUGGGAGUGCGCAUAUGUAACCACAAAAGCUGAGGCGUUUUCCGCUCCCCUUUUCAUCUACUAUAACCUUGAGUCAACAUUCAGUGAGAAUGAUUUCACACCCGCAGAAAAAGUGUUGAUCGAAUCCUACCAUCAGUUGGGACGACCUGAUAUGGCCGGAUAUAUUCGAGACGGAAAGAUUUAUCAGCGUCUUGGGGAUAUCGGCGGUUACUGGCACACGAAAUUCAUGCAGUCCGACGUUCUUGAGGUAUUCAAUUGCGACAUCCCCGACUCCUUUCAGCCGCCCUUAUACGUGGGAAGCGAUUGGCGUUUAUAUAUAUACAAUAGGUAUCGAGAUGAUCCAAAUCUACAGGAAAUCAUUCGACAGACCGCUUGGAACGAAAAGGAGGAAAACCGUCUGGCAGCUAAAGGCAAAAAAAAGCGGGAACGUGAAAGGAAAGCUUAUUGGGCUUUGUCGCCGGACCAACGUGCCGCCAAGAUCGACAGGGAACGUACCGCUCACUAUCUAGCUUUACAGAAAGCGAAGCCUACGCCAAAGCGUUUCGAGCUACACGUCAAGGAAGAGGACUCUGACACCGAAUCCGAGCAUUCUAUUGCUCCGACCAAGUGGAGAACGACGUUGGAAGGUAUUCUAUCAUUUUUCAGAGGACGUCAGGGCCGAGAUCACUAG